CCGCCGGCGGCGGCUGCGGCCGGUGCCGACGCCGGACGACGCGCGGAGUCGCCGUCGCCGCCGCGGCGGCUGCCGGACUUCCUGCAGUCGGUGCGGCUCAAGUACGUGAAGCUGGGGUACCACUACCUCAUCACGCACGGGAUGUACCUGCUGCUCACCCCGCUCAUCGUGCUCACGGCCGUGCACCUCUCCACGCUCUCCCCGGCCGACGUCGCCGACCUCUGGACGCACCUCCGCUUCAACCUGCUCUCCGUCGUCGCCUGCUCCACGCUCCUCGUCUUCCUCUCCACCGUCUACGUGCUCACGCGCCCGCGCCCCGUCUACCUCGUCGACUUCGCCUGCUACAAGCCGGGGCCCGAGCGCCGCUGCUCGCGGGAGACCUUCAUGCGCUGCUCCACGCUCACGGGCAACUUCACGCAGGCCAACCUCGACUUCCAGCGCAAGAUCCUCGAGCGCUCGGGCCUCGGCGAGGACACCUACAUCCCGCCGGCCCUCGUCACCAUCCCGCCCAACCCCUCCAUGGACCUCGCGCGCCAGGAGGCGCAGGUCUGCAUGUUCGGCGCCAUCGACAACAUGCUCGCCAAGACCGGGGUCAAGCCCAAGGACAUUGGCAUCCUCGUUGUCAACUGCAGCCUCUUCAACCCCACGCCCUCGCUCUCCGCCAUGGUCGUCAACCACUACAAGCUCAGGGGGAACAUUAUCAGCUACAACCUGGGAGGAAUGGGGUGCAGCGCGGGGCUCCUCUCCGUUGAUCUCGCCAAGGAUUUGCUGCAGGUGCAUCCCAACUCCUACGCCAUGGUGGUCAGCACCGAGAACAUUACCCUCAACUGGUACUUCGGGAACAACAAGUCCAUGCUCGUGUCCAACUGCCUCUUCCGGAUGGGCUGCGCUGCCAUCCUGCUCUCCAACAAGCGGUCCGACAGGAGGAGGUCCAAGUACGAGCUGGUGCACACCGUGAGAACUCACAAGGGUGCCGAUGACAAGUGCUUCAGCUGCGUCACCCAGGAGGAGGACGACAGUGGCAAGGUCGGCGUGGCGCUGUCCAAGGACCUCAUGGCGGUGGCCGGGGACGCGCUCAAGACGAACAUCACCACGCUUGGCCCGCUCGUGCUCCCGGUCUCGGAGCAGCUGCUGUUCAUGGCCACCUUGAUUGGCAAAAAGCUGUUCAAGAUGAAGAUCAAGCCAUACAUUCCCGACUUCAAGCUGGCAUUCGAGCACUUCUGCAUCCACGCCGGCGGGCGCGCCGUGCUCGACGAGAUAGAGAAGAACAUGGACCUCACCGACUGGCACAUGGAGCCGUCCCGGAUGACUCUCUUCCGCUUCGGCAACACCUCCAGCAGCUCGCUCUGGUACGAGCUGUCCUACAGCGAGGCCAAGGGGAGGAUCAGGAGGAAUGACAGGAUCUGGCAGAUUGCCUUCGGCUCAGGGUUCAAGUGCAACAGCGCCGUCUGGAAGGCGCUGCGGUCGGUGAACCCAGCAAAGGAGAUGAACAACCCCUGGAUGGACGAGAUCGACACAUUCCCGGUGGAAGUUCCCAAGGUCUCGAGGGUUGUGGUCGACUGAAGAACUUUUGGCUGCUCGGCGGUCAUCUUUGCUCUGCCCCAAGUCUUUUACUUAGCAUUUGGGUGAUUACUUCACCGUUUGCAUUUGUUUGGGUGAUCUGUUGUUGGAGGAUUAAUUUUAGAUGAUUCCAUUUAGCAGGUGGUACAGAGGGAUGUGGUGGUGUUCUGUUUAAUUUAUGCCAUUCAUUGAUCAGUUUUUAA